GGAGCGCGCGGGCGGCCGGGUCGCGGGAGGUGAAGCGCGGAGAGGAUGGCGGCGCGGACUCAGGGGCGGGCGCUGCUGCUGCUCGCGCUCUCAGUGCUGCUGGCGCUGGGCCCCACCGCCGCGGCGGCCAAGCUCAACAUCCCCAAAGUGCUGUUGCCCUUCACGCGGGCCACGCGCGUGAACUUCACGCUGGAAGCCUCAGAGGGUUGCUAUCGCUGGUCAUCAACCCGGCCGGAGGUGGCCAGCAUAGAGCCGUUGGGACUGGACCAGCAGCAGUGCUCCCAAAAGGCAGUGGUUCAGGCCCGCCUGUCCCAGCCCGCUCGCCUGACAAGCAUCAUCUUUGCAGAGGACAUCACCACAGGCCAGGUCCUGCGCUGCGAUGCCAUCGUUGACCUCAUCCAUGGCAUUCAGAUCGUCUCCACAACCCGUGAACUUUACCUGGAGGACUCGCCCCUGGAGCUGAAGAUCCAGGCUCUGGACUCUGAAGGGAACACGUUCAGCACCUUGGCAGGGCUGGUCUUUGACUGGACGAUUGUGAAGGACACGGAGGCCAGCAGGUUCUCAGACUCCCACAAUGCUCUGCGAAUCCUCCCAUUCUUGGAGUCUACAUACAUACCUCCUUCCUACAUCUCAGAGAUGGAGAAGUUGGCCAAGCAAGGGGACACCAUCCUGGUGUCCGGGAUGAAGACUGGGAGCUCCAAGCUCAAGGCACGCAUCCAGGAGGCUGUCUACAAGAACGUCAGUCCUGCAGAGGUCAGGCUACUGAUUUUGGAGAACAUCCUUCUGAACCCAGUUUAUGAUGUCUACCUGUUGGUGGGAACCUCCAUUUGCUAUAAGGUACAGAAGAUCAGGCAAGGGAAGAUUACAGAACUCUCAAUGCCUUCGGAUCAGUAUGAACUGCGGCUUCAGAACAACAUCCAGGGUCCUGCAGGAGACCCAGGCCAGCCUGUAGCUGUCUUGGCACAGGACACGUCGACCGUAACUGCAGUGCAGCUGGGACAGAGCAGCCUGGUCCUUGGCCACAGGAACAUCCGCAUGCAGGGUGCUUCCAGGUUACCCAACAGCACCAUCUACGUGGUUGAACCCGGAUACCUGGGGUUCACAGUCUGCCCUGGUGACAGGUGGGUGCUCGAGAUUGGCCGCCUGUACAAAAUUACCAUUGAAGUUCUUGACAAGUCCGGUAACAAGGUCUACCCAUCAGACAACAUCCGCAUUGAAACCGUGCUUCCCGCUGAGUUCUUUGAGGUACUCUCUUCUUCCCAGAACGGGUCGUACCAUCACGUCAAGGCAAUAAAGAGAGGCCAAACAGCCAUCAAGGCAGCCCUCACCUCCAUAGUGGACCAGGAUGGAGGGGUCCACUCUUUACGUGUACCUGUGUGGAACCAGCAGGAGGUGGAAAUUCACGUUCCCAUCACCCUCUUUCCCAGCAUCUUGACAUUUCCAUGGCAGCCAAAGACGGGCGCCUAUCAGUAUACGAUAAAGGCCCAAGGUGGAAGUGGGAACUUCAGUUGGUCUUCAUCAAGUUACACGGUUGCCACAGUCACUGUUAAGGGUGUGAUGACAACAGGCAGUGACAUAGGACUCAGUGUGAUCCAGGCACAUGAUGUUCAGAAUCCACUACAUUUUGGGGAGAUGAAGGUGUAUGUGAUUGAACCCAGUGGCAUGGAGUUCGCCCCAUGCCAGGUGGAGGCACAAGUGGGCCAGACCCUGGAGCUGCCCCUAAGGAUCAAUGGCCUCCUACCCAGCGGGGCCAAUGAGGUGGUCACCCUGAGCGACUGCUCCCAUUUCGACUUGACAGUUGAGAUGGAGAACCAGGGCGUGUUCCAGCCACUGCCAGGGAGGCUGCAGCCGGGGUCUGAGCACUGCAGCGGUGUCAGGGUAAGAGCCGAGGCCCAGGGGUACACCGCGCUCCUUGUGAGCUAUAAACAUGGCCACAUCCACUUGAGUGCCCGGAUCACCAUUGCUGCCUACCUACCCCUAAAGGCUGUAGAUCCCUCCUCUGUUGCUUUGGUGACCCUUGGCUCCUCAAAGGAGAUGCUGUUCGAAGAAGGUCCCAGACCCUGGGUUCUCGAGCCAUCCAAGUUCUUCCGGAACGUCACCUCUGAGGACACACACAGCAUCAGUCUGGCUUUCUUUGGGCCCCCUGCCUCCCGAAAUUAUCAGCAACACUGGAUAAUUGUGACUUGCCUGGCCUUGGGUGAACAGGUCAUUGCCCUCUCGGUGGGGAACAAGCCCAGCAUCACCAACCCCUUCCCUGCAUUGGAGCCUGCUGUGGUGAAGUUUGUAUGUGCCCCACCCUCUAGGCUCACCCUGAUGCCCAUCUACGCCAGUCCUCAGCUGGACCUGUCAUGUCCACUGUUGCAGCAGAAUAAGCAGGUGGUUCCAGUCUCCAGCCACCGAAACCCCGUGCUAGACCUGGCUGCCUAUGACCAGCAGGGCCGCAGAUUUAACAACUUCAGCUCUCUGAGCAUCCAGUGGGAAUCUACCAGGCCUUUGCUGGCCAGCAUUGAGCUUGACCUGCCCAUGCAGCUGGUGUCCCAGGAUGAUGGGAGCGGCCAGAAGAAGCUGCAUGGUUUGCAGGCCAUUUCUGUUCACAAGGCAUCGGGAACCACAGCCAUCUCUGCCACUGUGACUGGCUACCAGCAGUCCCACCUCGAUGCAGCCAGAGCAAAGCAGCCGUACGACCCUCUCGUGCCUGUGUCGGCCUCCAUAGAACUCAUCCUGGUGGAAGAUGUGAGGGUGAGUCCAGAAGAGGUGACCAUCUACAACCACCCUGAAGUGCAGGUGGAACUGCACAUCAGAGAAGGUUCUGGCUACUUCUUUCUCAACACCAGCACCACAGAUGUUGUCAAGGUGACCUACCAGGAGGCUAGGGGCAGUGCCAUGGUGCACCCUUUGCUCCCGGGCACAUCUACCAUCAUGAUCCAUGACUUGUGCCUUGCCUUCCCAGCCCCGGCAAAGGCUGAUGUUCAUGUCUCAGACAUUCAGGAGCUGUAUGUCCGCGUGGUAGACAAGGUGGAGAUUGGGAAGACAGUCAAGGCAUAUGUCCGCGUACUGGACUUUCACAAGAAGCCUUUCCUGGCCAAAUACUUUGCCUUCAUGGACCUGAACCUCCGAGCAGCCUCCCAGAUCGUCACAUUGGUCUACCUCAACGAGGCCCUUGACAACUACACUGCUACUUUCCGUGUCAAUGGUGUGGCCAUUGGCCAGACCAGUCUUACUGCAACUGUGACUGAUAAAGCUGGACAAAGAAUCAACUCGGCCCCACAACAGAUUGAGGUCUUUCCCCCAUUUAGGCUGAUACCCAGAAAGGUGACGCUGAUUAUCGGGGCCAUGAUGCAGAUCACCUCUGAGGGUGGGCCCCAGCCUCAGUCCAACAUCCUCUUCUCCAUCAGCAAUGAAAGUGUUGCAGUGGUGAGCGGUGCUGGGCUUGUGCGGGGACUCACCGUUGGUAACAGCAGUGUGUCGGGGGUUGUGCAGGCCGUGGAUGCUGAGACUGGCAAGCUCAUCAUCGUGUCUCAGGAUCUCGUGGAGGUGGAGGUGCUGCUUCUCCAGGCAGUGAGGAUCCGUGCCCCCAUCACUCGGAUGAGAACAGGGACCCAGAUGCCCAUUUACAUCACUGGGAUCACCAACAACCAGAACCCUUUCUCCUUUGGCAAUGCUGUACCAGGCCUGACCUUCCACUGGUCGGUCACCAAGCGGGACAUCCUGGACAUCCGGGGACGGCACCAUGAGGCAUCACUCCAGCUCCCAUCGCAGUACAACUUUGCAAUGACCGUGCAUGGCCGGGUGAAAGGCCGGACUGGCCUGAGAGUGGUGGUCAAGGCUCUGGACCCCACAGCUGGACAGCUACAUGGCCUUGCCAAAGAACUCUCCGAUGAGAUCCAAAUCCAGGUAUUUGAAAAGCUGCUGCUACUGAACCCUGAAAUAGAAGCGGAGCAAAUAUUAAUGUCACCCAACUCAUUUAUUAAGCUUCAGACGAACAGGAUUGGUGCAGCAUCGCUGAGCUACCGUGUUCUCGAUGGGCCCGAGAAGGUUCCUGUGGUGCACAUCGAUGAGAAAGGCUUCCUGGCAUCUGGGUCCACUAUUGGGACUUCUACAAUUGAAGUGACUGCGCAAGAGCCUUUCGGGGCCAACCAAACCAUCAUCGUUGCAGUAAAAGUGUCUCCCGUUUCUUACCUGAGGAUCUCCAUGAGCCCCACUCUGCACACUCAGAACAAGGAGGCUCUGGUGGCCUUGCCUUUGGGAAUGACCAUGACUUUCACUGUCCAUUUCCAUGACAACUCUGGAGACAUCUUCCAUGCUCACAAUUCAGUCCUCAACUUUGCAACUAACAGAGACGAGUUUGUGCAAAUCGGGAAGGGCACCACCAACAACACCUGCGUCAUCCGUACCGUCAGCGUGGGCCUGACGCUGCUCAGCGUAUGGGACAUGGAGCACAUGGGCCUCUCCGACUUCGUCCCAUUGCCCGUCCUACAGGCCAUCUCCCCGGAGCUGUCUGGAGUGGUGGUGGUGGGGGAUGUCCUCUGUCUGGCCACUGUUCUGGUCAGCCUGGAAGGCCUCUCCGGAACCUGGAGCUCCUCAGCCAACAGCAUCCUCCACAUAGACCCCAAGACGGGCGUGGCUGUGGCCCGGGAUGUGGGAUCCGUGACAGUUUACUACGAGGUUGCUGGACACCUAAGGACCUAUAAAGAGAUUGCAAUCGGUGUCCCUCAGAGGAUCAUAGCCCAUCAUGUCCACCCUGUCCAGACCAGCUUCCAGGAGGUCACAGCUUCCAAAGUGAUGGUCACUGUGGGAGACAGAAACUCUAACCUAAAAGGUGAGUGCUCCCCAGCCCAGAUGGAAGUCAUUGAGACCCUGCGCCCAGCAUCCCUCAUCAGCUGCCAGCUCCAGUUCAAGCAAGAUGUCUUUGAUUUCCUGGCACGUGACGUUUUUACUGCAGAACCAAAGUUUGACGCUGCUCUGGGCCAGUACCUCUGCUUGGUCACAAUGCACAAACUGACGGACAAGCAGCGAAAGAACUUGAGCAUGAAGAAGACAGUACUGCUGGUCACUGCAUCCCUCCUGGGCAGCCACUUCUCUGAAGAGCAGGUUGGGGCUGAGGUGACCUUCAGCCCAGGGCUGUACUCUGACCAGGCUGAAAUCCUUUUGAGCAACCACUACACCAGCUCCGAAGUUAAAGUCUUUGGUGCCAUGGAGAUUCUGGAGAACCUGGAGGUGAAAUCCGGGUCCCCAGCUGUGUUGGCCUUUGAGAAGGAGAAGUCUUUGGGGCUGCCCAGCUUUGUCACAUACACAGUUGGCAUCUCGGACCCUGUGGCCGGCAGCCAGGGACCCCUGUCCACCACCCUGACCUUCUCCAGCCCCACGACUAGCCAAGCCAUCACCAUCCCAGUUACCGUGGCCUUUGUGAUGGAUCACCGAGGGACUGGUCCUUAUGGAGCCAGUCUCUUCCAGCACUUCCUGGAUUCCUACCAAGUCAUGUUCUUCACACUUUUUGCCCUGUUGGCUGGGACCGCUGUCAUGAUCAUAGCCUACCACACAGUCUGCACCCCCCGGGAGCUCACCACAUCGCCAGCCCUCUCCCCACGAGCCAGCCCUCGGCACAGCCCCCACUAUUUUGCUGCUCCAUCACCUCCGAUGCCUUUCAGUGCACUGCCUCCUGGUCGCAGAGCCAGUCCUCCUUCAAGGCUGUGGAGCCCUGCAUACACCUCUCACUAGCGAGCACACCGCAGAGGCCCUACUGCUCCUGUGCCUCCAUCAGGUCCAGCCUGGAGCAAGCCCCCUGAGCCUGGCCCCAGCCCAAUCUCACUGCCUCCUGUGUUCUUACAGACUUUUAGUUUAGAAUUAACUCAUUAGCUUAAUCUUAUAUAUUAGAGUUUGUUUGUUUUACUUCAGUCUUGCAAAGGCUAAGAUUUUCCGAUUCAUUCAUUUAUGCCUAGUUGUCUAGGGUUUCUGGACAAUGUGCAGUUAUGCUUUUAUUUUCUUAGAGUCUCUAAAAUUACUCCCUUCUCAAGACUUUGAGCAGGCAGAGCUCUGUUUAGAAAUUGUCUGUAGUUGAUAUUACUGCAGUGGUCUCAGGGAAAGGACUUUUUGAUUUGUGUGUCUAUGUGGAGGGAGGAGAGGUUCCCUGUGGAAACUUUGCUUUACCCCUGAUUUGGCUCCUGCUAGGAAACGAGGGGAGUGAUUGGUGAGUGUGUGAUGCCUGCCCCAUGACUGCACAAGAAACCUCAGAACCACAGUGACUGGGACCUCUUGUAGUCUCAGCAUCAUGGGAAAUGCUGAGACACUGCAGGAGCUACCAGCCAGGCUGCUUUUUGCCCCUCUUCAGGCCACUGCGAAUAGACUGCUGGCCUCUGUGUUUCUUUGUUUCCUAAGCUGUGGAAACAUCUCCUGGACUUGGCCUCGGCCCCAUGGCGACAUCCCAGCUUCUCUAUCAGCACAGCAACAUUGGAAUAUCCUUGAGCCAGAGUCAGGAAUCCUCUUUUUGUUCGUUUGGAGAAGUUGCUGUGUUUUGCUCAAGCACAAAGACCCAGUAUUAUUUGUCCCUCCUAUAUGACAGUCGCACCUCAGCAGAUCUGAGCCUCUCUCCUGCCCUGAGCAGGAGAUGCUUCCCAGGCGGCCGCUCAUGCGCCCAGAGCCCUCCAGGCAGCUCCCCAGUAGGCAGAGCCCAGUGGGGCCAGUGAGGAGGGUGGGUCAAGCUGGGUCCUGCAGACCCCCACACCAAGAAGAGACUGGAGAGGAGAAGACAACUGGGAAAAGUCCUCCCUCCUUCCCAGCUCCUUGCUGGCUCAGCAGCUGAGGCCUGUAGCACACGGCCCUCUGCCUGAGGUCAGGAGUCCUGCCGCUCUCAGGAAGACCUGGAGACUCACUCCAUGGCUCAUGCAUGAACGAAUGUCUGGGGAGUCUAGUUUGACUGAGCCGCAAGUGUGAAUCUACUUCAGUCCUUUUGGGCUGGUCCAUGUGAUUUAUUUUUAUAAAGCUGGAGACAAGAAUUGUGCCUUGCAUAUUACUUGAGCUCGAACUGACAACUUGGAUAUAAAUAGGCAUAUUUCUACUUGGUUUGUUUAAUAAAGCUCACUAUAAUUUCUUAAGAAGU